AUGGGCGAUUCCGAUUCUCCCGGUGACAUACUCUACUAUGCUGCAGAAGGAAGUCAGGCCGAUAUUGAGAGAUUGGUGAAACGGCAUCGAGAAUGGAUCACCCAUCGUGACAAUCGUGGAAGAACAGCAGCCAUGCAUGCUGCGAUAGCUGAUAAUGUCCGGAAUCUACAGUUUCUGAUGAGAAAAGGCCUUUCACUUUGGGACACUGACAACGGCGGUGCGACGCCACUUCAUUGGGCUGCUCAGUGUGGUUCAGCAAAGGUCGUGCGAUUCAUUCUGCAAGCCGGUAAAUCACCACAAGGUUUGUCACCGUUUCUUGUGGCUGAUAAGGAUGGUGUCACACCAAUUCACAUAGCAGCAUGUGGGAAUGGCAAAAUACUCCAGUUGUUUAUUGAUGCAGUUAGCGCUACCGACGAUGUGUUCGGGUUGGCACAAGACAAACGAGGGCGUGGUCCACUACAUUAUGCUGCCUCUAAGGCCAGCGUGGAAAGUGUCAGAUUGAUUUUGGAUUCGCCAGCAUUGGGCCUACCUGUCGAUGCGAGGGAUUCAUGUGGUCUGACACCACUGAUGUGCGCUGUUGGAGUUCCCUCCGCUCAAGGUGUGGACGUGUGCCGUCUUUUGGCCCGGCGAAAGGAGAUGUCCAUCACAACACGAAAUCGAGAUGGACUGUCAGCAAUUCACUUAGCAGCCAUUGCUAAUAAUCUGCAAGUACUCAAAUUAUUCGCUGAGGAGAUGGGUAAGAAUGUGGAGGUGUUCGAUAACGAAAAUCGUACCCCACUUCACUAUGCGGCCGAGCAAGGGCACUACGAGAUAGUACAGUUAUUGCUUGCGUGCGGAGCCAGGAGUACCACUAGGUAA